UCCCUAGGAGAAGGAGUUCUCCUUUCAUCAUCUUCCCCUUCUGUGCAUGGCAGCCGCUUGAACUUGCCCCUCCAAGAGUCAAGGACAAGACCACCCCAUGGAAUGGGCCAAGUGGACUCCCCAUGAAACCUCCAACCAGACCCAGGCCAGCACUCUCCUGAGGCUCCUACUGGAUGACCACACGGAGGGGAGGAACGACACCAGCUCCACCAGGGCUCUGAAGGUGCCAGAUGGAACUAGCGCCGCCUGGUAUAUCCUCACCAUCAUCGGCAUCUACGCGGUGAUUUUCGUCUUCCGGCUGGCCAGCAACAUUCUCAGAAAGAAUGACAAGUCCUUAGAAGAUGUUUAUUACUCAAAUCUGACCUCUGAACUCAAAAUGAAAGGACUCCAGAGCAAGGUCGCCAAGUGCUCCUCACUGACCAUCAGCAACAGAGCGGUGCUGCAGUCCUGCCAGGCCCACCUGGGGGCAAAGGGCGGGAGCAGCGGGCCCCAAACCGCAACCCCAGAGACCCCCUGAGAGUCAAGGCCAGGAGGCCUUCCCCAGGAUGGCCCCAGACUUCUUGGAGGGGAGCAGCUUUGGGUUUACUUGGAGCCCUUGAGUGGGUCUGGGGGUGCAUCGCUGACCAGGGGUGCUUCUGGUUGCUAGUUUGUGACCAGAGCCAGCCACCCAGUUCCUCCUCAGGCUUCCAGGUGCUUCGAGAAGAGAGAGCAGGGCAGCGGUUUCUAGCCAAAUUCAAUCUUCACUGGCAAAGCCUGUGCUCUGGGGAGGAGCACUGUUCCACUGUUCUCGGAGGAAUCCGGAGACUCCUGGGGGCAUACAAAGAGGUGGCUCCUUGUUAUGGAAAGAAGAGUGAACUUGGAGUCGAAUGUCCUGGGUUAAAAUUCAACUUCUCGGGAGUCACAUAAACUGAGCAGCUAGUUCCUCACUUGGGACAUCUAGGGUUUGGGAUGGC